GAGGCACCGUCAGCCUUAAUGGCGGUAUUUUUGAUUGUCAAACGAGACGUGUUUUUUUUUUACUCUCACCAAUGUUAACAGUUCACUGUUCAUGUUCUUGACUUUAUCCGAGCGUCGUUAGAAUAGUUUUAUCAACCCGCGACAAGAUUCAAGCCGAUGUCAUGUUAAGUAACGACAACCUCCCAAGAAGACGUUUGUUAAAAGCCGCACAUUUACGACAUGAGUGCCCCCUGCCAUCCUUCGAAAAGGAAAAGCUACAUGGGGCAGCAUCAGAUCAAAAAGAAAACAUGCGACGAGCUAAUAGACAAGGUGUCAAAAAAGGCAGACGGAUCGGGGACCAUAAACACAGGCGUCACAACGGGGGUUGUGCUGGGAGAAUCUACCCUGGCUCUUGAUAAAGAGAUACUGCAGGUCAUGGAGGCCACAGAGCCUGCAUUGAAUCCUGCAGCAACCGUCGGCGGCGUGGACGCACAGAAACCGAAGAGAGCCAACUGCAAAGAUCUCGCUCAGCGGCUCCUUUUCGGCGAGGACUGCGAGGAACCACAACAGCCUGUUGGGGUCCUGAAAAGCGACAUGACGAUACCAGCUUGCGUUGGCAAAGAAACAAAAAAUGGCCAUCAAGCUGAAAUACUCCCCGGCAUUCAUAAGCUUCCUAGAAACCCAGAAAGGAAUACGAGUCCGGGUCCUUCUCAUGACGUCUCAAGAGACUACAUCUUGUUUAGUCCCACACGCGUGGCUGCUGCUAUGAAGAGGUCCAAACUGCAGCAGUCGCUGCAGAAUCAGUCUGCCUCGGUGCUCACCGUCCCCAGCGGCUUAGAGCUCAGCACGCUCGCUGACACCUUACCUCAGCCAGGCCUGGCUUUGCGUGCUCCCGACGAGCAAUCCGACAAGCUUUUACUAUCGAAUUGGGGCUUGCCCGCUGCAGUGUUGGAGUGCUACCACAAACACAGAGUGACUCACAUGUUUGACUGGCAGGCUCAGUGCCUUGCUCAAGGCCGGGUUCUGCAGGGAGGCAACCUGGUCUACUCUGCUCCGACAAGUGCUGGAAAGACUUUGGUGUCGGAGCUGCUGAUGCUGAAACGCAUCCUAGAGACUAAAAGGAAAGCCUUUUUUAUUUUGCCUUUUGUGUCUGUGGCCAAAGAGAAGAUGCACUACCUUCAGAGCGUAUUUGAGGAGGCUGGAGUGCGCGUGGGUGGCUUCAUGGGAAGCACAUCAGCAGCUGGAGGCUUGGCAGCUGUGGAUGUGGCUGUUUGCACCAUAGAGAAGGCCAACUCUCUCAUUAACCGGCUAAUAGAGGAAGACAACAUGCCUUCACUAGGUAUGGUGGUGGUGGAUGAGUUGCACAUGGUUGGAGACUCUGGAAGAGGGUAUCUACUGGAACUCCUCCUGACCAAAAUCCGCUACGUCGCGCAGAAGCGCAACACCUCUGGAUCCUCCUCUGAGGGCGUACAGAUCGUAGGUAUGAGCGCCACCUUGCCCAACCUCUCUCUCCUGGCCGACUGGUUGGGCGCAGAGCUCUACCAGACCAACUACAGACCCGUACCCUUGCAGGAGCAUCUUAAGGUGGGUCGCGACAUCUUUGACAGGAGCCUCUCCGUGGUCCGACAGUUCACUCCAGCACUCCAGAUUAAGGGCGAUGACGAACACAUCGUCAGCUUGUGUUAUGAGACGGUGCGAGACGGCCACUCCGUGUUGCUCUUCUGUCCGUCCAAGAACUGGUGUGAGAAACUGGCCGACAGCAUCGCCAGGGAAUUCUACAACCUCAAACAUACUCGACUUGGCGGUGAAUCAGAAGCCCCGCCCGUGUGCCUGGACCACCAGCGACUAGGGGACGUCAUAGCCCAGUUGAGUCGUACUCCAGCUGGGCUGGAUCCCGUCCUCAAACGCACUGUACCAUGGGGCGUGGGCUUCCACCAUGCUGGUCUCACCUUUGAUGAACGUGACGUCUUGGAGGGAGCCUUCCGUCAGGGCAUGGUCAAGGUCUUGGCCGCCACCUCGACCCUCUCAUCAGGCGUCAAUCUCCCCGCCCGUAGAGUCAUCAUCAGAACCCCGACAUUCAACGGACACCUGCUGGACCCACUCACAUACAAACAGAUGGCUGGACGAGCGGGGAGGAAAGGAGUGGACACCACAGGUGAGAGUGUGCUGGUGUGCAAGGAGGCGGAGCGUCAGAAAGGUAUCACCCUCCUGAGUGGUGAUCUUCAGCCAAUCAGGAGCUGCUUAGUGAGAAAGGAGGGAGAAGGCGUCACCACCAGCAUGCUGCGAGCCAUUUUGGAGAUCAUCGUGGGGGGUGUAGCCAGCAGUCCGAGCGAUGUGAGGGCGUACGCUUCGUGCUCACUUCUGGCUGCCAGCAUCAGAGGCAACAGCAAAGAGGAGUCCAAGGAAGGGACCAGCAAGGGAGCGAUUGAGGCUUGUGUUGAAUGGCUGAUGGAGAAUGAGUUCAUCAGCGUACAGAAAGAUGGAGAAGAAGAGCAGUACUGUCCCACUCAGCUCGGUGCUGCCACUCUGUCGUCCUCCCUCUCUCCUCCUGAGGCGCUGGGAAUAUUUGCAGAUCUCCAACGGGCUAUGAAGGGCUUUGUGCUGGAAAAUGACCUGCAUGUUCUCUAUCUGAUCACACCCUUAUACGCGGAGUGGACUACCAUAGAUUGGUACCAGUUCUUCUGUCUGUGGGAGCAGCUGUCCUCGUCCAUGAAGAGAGUGGCCGAGUUGGUUGGCAUCCAGGAGGGCUUCCUGGCUCGCUCAGUCAGCGGCAAACUGGUGGCCAAGACGGAAAAGCAACGGAGACAAAUGGCUAUUCAUAAACGGUUCUUCACCACUCUUGUACUGCAGGACCUGGUAAAUGAGGUGCCUUUGGGAACCGUAGCGUCCAAGUACAACUGCAACCGUGGGCAGUUGCAGUCUCUCCAGCAAUCUGCUGCUACAUAUGCCGGCAUGGUGACGGUGUUCUGCAGGCGUCUGGGCUGGGGCAACAUGGAGCUGCUGCUGUCCCAGUACCAGACCAGACUGAGCUUCGGUGUCCAGCGCGAGCUGGUCGACCUGGUGAGGGUCUCCCUCCUCAGCGCGACACGAGCCCGAGCGCUCUAUGCACAAGGCCUGUGCACUGUCGCCGAACUAGCCAGAGCUUCAAUAGCUGACGUGGAGAAAGCCCUGAUGAACGCUGUCCCAUUUAAAAGUUCCAAGCGUGCGGUGGAUGAGAGCGAAGUGGAAGCAGUGGAGCGAAGGAACCUCCGCUGUGUGUGGGUGAGCGGCGGGCGGGCCCUGACAGAGCAGGAAGCGUCCGUCGCCAUCGUGUCCGAGGCAAAGCUCCUCCUUCAGGGAGACCUGGCACUGCUGGGCAUUCAGUGGGACCCCUCAACGGUUCCCCCUGGUGCUCCUGCUGUACACAGCUUACAACAAGACCAUCAAGAGGCAGGUGCAGGUCAGAAAACCAAGACGGUCGAUGUUACUCCAAAGAGAAACGAACAUGUGAAACAAGGAGAACCUGAGAGACGUCCCACUUCAUGCUCUGAGGGUUUGGUCGUUGAGGAAAAUUUGAGUGCAAAGGGAAAAUCUGACAUUGAGGUUUCUGUGAAAGAUGGUACAGAAAAUGGAGAGCAGCACGACAGCAGAAGUCAAGUUUCAGUCAGAAAAAAGGAAGCACUCGUUAUAAGGAGCAUAACGCACGAAUUGGCUGACAUUAUGUCCAGCCCUGCAGUGCUCCAACCCCAACAACCAGAUCUCCCUCUGAUGCCUCUUCCUCGGUUCAGAGCCCCACUUCCCAGGUUGGAAGAACACCACAGGACAUCAGAAGUUGGCGGUACUUCAAGGCUUAAUUUCUCACCUGUGCAGUCGGGAAAACUCAAGCACACGCAGAUCCUAAACAAAGUUCUGCAGUCCAUACAAACAGACAACAAGCCACAAGACCCCACUCCUGUCCCCGUCCUAAAAACAAUUCCCCAAGGGGAAAAGACUGAUUUAAGUACAUUACUGUCCCCUGAAGCCAAGCGAAGGAGGGUGCAGGGGGCUGCGGUGGACAUGUUUUCAUCUCCUGAGCUCUACGCAGGAGAUGGAGGAGUGCAGCCAGACGCCAGGCGGCCAGAAGAGACGUUUGGCGACAGCUUUGAAUUGGACACGCAAACCGAAAGGAUGAUUGUUGUCCAGCCGGGAUUAGAACACGAUGCAAGACAUCAGCAGGAUUUAAAUGAAGCUGGUCAUGUGUGUGAUGAGGAAAUGGUAGAUGCAGUUGUGGAGCAGAAGGACCAAGGCGAGGGAAGAACCAGACCUGAAGCAAAGGACAAUGCAUACCCACGGUUCAAUGUCUCUCUGACAGACAGUCAGAUGGAUCACAUUCUGGAGACCAGUCAUCAGGAUUCUUCUCCUGAUGAAGGUAACAAUGAAGGCGCCAAUGCCGCUGAGGACAACCCAAACCGAAGCAGCAGCUUUUUGUUCGACAGUCUGUAUGAGAACUCGCCGAGCCCACGCCAAACCCCGCCGGACCCACCGGUGGACGAGGAGACGGGAUGUGGGCGCCCCCUGCUGUCUACGCAGGAGCGACGCCGCAGCGAGCUCCUCGUCAACCAGCAGGCGGAGAAGCACGAGGCCAUCCAGUGGGGCGAGUCCUCCUUCAACCUGUCGGAGUGGGGCGACUCUAUGCUGGUGGGCGAGCACUUUUUAGAGAGGCAGGAGGGCGGCCAUCUGGAAAGCGACGAGGAGCGAGCCGGGCCACAAAGCGAAGCGCCAGAUGAAGUUCCACUGCAAAGUGGAGACCAUGGACCGGAUGUCCGUGUUGCACCUGAGAGCAGCUUUGAUUGCAGUCCGGGUCUGCAGGAGAUCUUUGACCGCUGGCCUAGUAUGUCUGAUCAGCCUGUGCAGAACAUCCCAUCAGACCUCAAAGGCACUACCGACCAUGCUGGUCCCAUGCAGGUGGCAAUCACUGACGACCCUGAGAGGGACUCUGCAGGACCACAACUAUCAAUAGAGAGGCCUGACUCUGCUGGUGACCUCGUACCUCCCACUCAGGAGACCCCGCCCGUGACGCCCAGAGUAAAACUAACCACGACCUCCAUCCAGUCGCCUCUCGCCAUCCCGCCAUUCAACCAGUCGACUCCUUCAAACGUCCGCCGGGGGGGACCUCCUAAGUCUCCGCCACCUGACAACGCCACCCGGCCGCAGCCUCUUUGCGAGAACACGCCGCCGGACUCCUACGGGGGCUUCUCCCUGCAGCUCUCCCAGGACGCCUUCUCCAUCAUCGACGUGUCCAGCAACCGGCGGCUCUUCGACGCCUUCGUGGAGGAGUGGAAAACGAAAGAGCGAUUCUCUCUGGCUUUGGCCUGGGAGAGGAAGGAGCGCCCGCAGGCGCCAGACGGGGAAGUUGGAGGGAAACAUAAGAAAGCUGACGGGUUUCCAGUAAGAGGCAGUGAUGGAUCGGUGCUGGUUGGACUGUCUGUCUGCUGGGGAGCAAGAGAUGCUUACUACAUAUCCUUUCAGCGAGAGCAGAACCAAGGUUUGAGUUUGAGCCUGGCCCCUCCCGCCCUGGAUGAGAGUUUGUCAGUAGGCGAGAGGCUCGCACACGUGCAGGCCGGUCUCAGCGGGCCAUCCGCUGGAAGGAGGGUGGUGGUCACCUAUGACAUCAUCCAGGUGUACAAGAUGCUGGUGUUGAGCUGCGGCAUCAGCUUGGAGGGAAGAUGUGAAGACCCCAAGGUGGCGUGCUGGCUGUUGGACCCUGGCAGUGAGGAGAGGACUCUGCCCAACAUGGUCACCGUCUAUUGUCCGGACGCGCUCCCCCUGUUGGACGGGCUGGGGAACGCCCACGCGUACUGUCCUCGCGUGAGGGCGGCCACCGCCAGCGUGCUCGUGUACGCCGUCAUGAACCAUCUCAGCCUUCUGCUCGACAAGGACGGCAUGCUUGACUCCUUCACGAGCGUGGAGAUGCCUUGCCAAGUGUGUUUGGCGCUGCUGGAACUCAACGGCGUGGGCUUCAGCGUCGACGAGUGCGAUAGACAGAAACAGGUGAUGCAAGCCAAGCUGGUGGCGCUGGAAAGUCGAGCGUACGAGCUGGCGGGGCACGGCUUCUCCCUCACCUGCAUCGACGACAUAGCACAGGUUCUGUUUUUGGAGCUCCACCUGCCUCCAAACGGUGACACGGGGGCGCCCAGGAGCAAGAAGACCCUGGGCUACACCCGCAGAGGCGGCGGCAGAGUCCGGCUGGGAAAGCAGUUCAGCACCACGAAGGAUGUUCUGGAGAAGCUCCGCCCUUUGCACCCGCUCCCUGGCGUGAUCCUGGAGUGGAGGAGGAUCACCAAUGCCUUGACUAAAGUGGUGUUCCCGCUGCAGAGAGAGAAGCAGCGCCACACCACACUGGCCAUGGACAGGAUCUACCCCGUGGCCCAGACACACACGGCUACAGGUCGCGUGAGCUUCACAGAGCCCAACAUUCAGAAUGUCCCCAAAGAUUUUGACAUUUGCAUGGCGACGGUGGCGGGGGAGAGCCCGCCGUCGCGAGAUGGCCGCCACACGGGCAAACAGGGGAAGAAGAGAUGCUCCGUGGUUCCGAGUCAAGGCCCGUCUUUCUCCGUCAGCAUGAGACACGCCUUCGUCCCCUUCUCAGGUGGGAUGAUGUUAGCGGCCGACUACUCCCAGCUGGAGCUGAGGGUCCUGGCUCACCUGUCCAAAGACCGCCGUCUGCUGCAGGUGCUCAACGGGGGGGCCGACGUCUUUCGCUGCAUCGCCGCCGAGUGGAAGAGCGUGGACCCCGAGACCGUCAGCGACAAGCUGCGGCAACAAGCCAAGCAGAUUUGCUACGGGAUCAUUUACGGGAUGGGCGCCAAGUGUUUGGGGGAACAAAUGGGCGUGGAGGAGAACGACGCCGCUCGCUACAUCGACAGCUUCAAGGCCAGAUACAAGGGGGUCAACUCCUUCCUCAGAGACACAGUGAAGAAGUGCAUGAAGGAGGGUUAUGUUCACACGCUGGCAGGACGUCGCAGAUACCUACCUGCCAUCACACACACCAACCCUCACCUGAGAGCCCAUGCACAACGUCAGGCAGUCAACUCCACAGUGCAGGGGUCUGCUGCGGACAUUGUCAAGAUGGCCACUGUCAACAUCCACAGGAGACUACGUCUCACUUACCCCACUGCACCUCUGUCUCACCUGCACACUCACUCAGCGCGUGGAGGAGCAGUGCAGCAGCGAGGAGGUUACUUAGUGUUGCAGCUCCAUGAUGAACUCAUCUAUGAGACCACAGAAGAAGACCUCAUUCAGGUGGCACAGACGGUGAAGAGAGAGAUGGAGAGCGCAGUGAAACUUUACGUGAAGCUGAAAGUGAAAGUAAAAGUGGGACCCAGCUGGGGGAACCUGCAGGACUUGGACAUUUAAUGUACUGCGACACACAGGUUCGAUUCCCGACCUGGCCAGCAUAGUUAUAUACAAAUAUUUUUAAUUACUGCUGAAGAAUGAAAUUGCACUACAAGCCGGAAAGAUAAUAUUUAUUCAUGUUGUGUUUGACAGCAGUCAUGUGACAUUUAUUACAUGUUUUCUUCUACAAGAGACAUUUUGCAGCAAAUAAAACAAAGUGAAAGUCUGUUUGUGCAACACAAAUGUAUUAGUGGAGCUCAAACUGUGUGUGUCUGUAUCUCAAUGCGUGUGUUUUAGCUUGUCCCUAUUGGGAUUUGUCUCUGGGCAAAAAAUCAAACAUCUCUGUCCGUAUUUCCUUGAUUGGUUGGUUGUAUUUUUGCUACCUUUUCUGCCGUUAGAGUUGUGUAUCCGUAUGCAGAUGUGUGUAGUGUAGUCGUCACAUUACUGACAUGAACUUGUACGUACAUCAAGUGGUGAGAGUGGGGGCACAGCGCCGACUAGUGGCGUGUACCAGGAGAGGUGAGGUGACGUUACAGACCCAAGUUGGGGUUCCUGCGCGGACACACAACUCUUACACCAGUCGUGUCGCAAAAGUCUCGUGUAAACUGACGGCCAAUCAGAGUUCCUGCCCUCACACAAAUCUGAUUUCAGACUUAUUUUUUACGCGCACAGAUUGUUUUUCACAAAUGUGCACACACACACAACUCUAAUGGCAGAAACGUAGCAAAGAGUCACAUGUAAAAAGACAGCCAAUCAGCGAUCCUGCUUCACACACAACUCUUAGGAACAGAUUGCUUUACACAUACACACAUCUGACUACACGUACACAACUCUAACAGCAUGUGUAAACAGUUAAUCAGGGUUCCUGCUUCACCCAAAUCUGAUUAGACACACAUUUUCAUACGUGCACACAACUUAAGACACAAAUUGCUUUACACAUACACACAUCUAAGUACAAACAAUUCUUUCAAGGCAGAAACUUAGCAAAAAUCAGGUGUUAACAGACAAUCAGGGUUCCUGUUUCACAUAAAUCUGACUACACAUACACACAUCUGACUACACGUACACAACUUAACAGCAGAAAGGUAGCAAAAUGUCAUGUGUAAACAGUUAAUCAGGGUUCCUGCUUCACCCAAAUCUUAUUACAGACACACAUUUUCAUACGCGCACACAACUGUGUGUGUACUUGUAAACACAAAUUGCUUUACAAAUACACACACAAAUUGCUUUACACAUACACACAUCUAAAUACAAACAAUUCUUUCAAGGCAGAAACUUAGCAAAAAUUACGUGUUAACAGACAAUCAGGGUUUCUGUUUCACACACAUCUGACUACACGUACACAACUCUAAAAGGUAGCAAAAUGUCAUGUGUAAACAGUUAAUCAGGGUUCCUGCUUCACCCAAAUCUGAUUACAGACACACAUUUCCAUACGCACACACAAUUUAAGACACAAAUUGCUUUACACAUGCACACACAAAUUACUUUACACAUACACACAUCUAAAUACAAACAAUUCUUUCAAGGCAGAAACUUAGCAAAAAUCAGGUGUUAACAGACAA